AUGGCUGCAAGUACAGCGACUCAGAACACCGGUGGCUGCAGUAGCGAGCCACACGAGGGCCGACUCCGCCUCGUGUACGCGGCGCACCAGUCACUGGAGGACGAUCUGAGCACCUUUCUUGCCUUCUCCGCAGCGGCGAGAAAGCACGACGAGAUUGCAGGUCCGACCAACGAAGGCUUCUCACCGUGGACAGGGGUGAUGGAGUCCGCAACGAAAUGUAUUGGCGCCACCUCCCGCUGCCUUCGACUAUUCAAUCCGAUCAGGACGGUCACGCAGUUCAAAGGCAUGCCUUUGCUGGCAAAGCUCUACGGCACAGGCGCGGCACCCCAUGAAAGGGUGAGCACCUUCCUCACGCACAUCCGUGAAGCAUUUGAUGGUGUGUUGCCUGUAGAAAUCGCUCUCAGCGGUGGACAUUGUCUGCGGAGACUAGACCCCUCCGCUGCAGAUGAGUACCUGGUAGCCUUCAUUAUUGACUGGGUGACUCUAGCAGAAGAACAGGCAGAUCCCUUCCGACGGCGCUUUCGGGAGCUACUCUCGACACACAAACCCUUUCACUUCCAUUUUCGUGCGGCCGUGCUUCUCCAGAUUGAGUGCGCUGCUCUGUCCGGGCACAACAAGCACGUCUUCGCAGCGUACAACACGCAGGCGCUGGAUUCUAUACUGACCCCUGUCACUCGAGAAGAACUCAAGAAGUACGAAGUCACGUGCUGGCAAGACGCAGCGCGGCACCGCGAGGUAGAGAGCGUAGCGGCUGCACCCUUUGCCUCUGCCGCCCCUGUCUCGACGACGUCCGCUGUACUGGCCCCGUACAAGCAGCAAGAGACGCAGCGGGGCACCUCUCUCGGGAUGAGUCGAGGAGGCGCAGUCACCUCAUCGUCCUCCGGAAUGGCAAACUGGAGGCGGGAUGCCAUCCGCAUCGGCGCCCUCCUCCUCCUCCUGGCAGUUCUGCUUCGCUUAGUGUCGGGCCCACUUGCAAGGCUGUUGAAGCGCGCCUUGCAAGUAGCACGCGCGGCACCAGCACACCAGCGCACCUUAACACUGUGA